AUGCCGGCGACUGAAAGAACAUCCUUACCAACUUCUGCGAGUCUCGCUGGCCCCUCAGUAGAGAUUCUAUCGGAGGAAAAGACGAAUGGCACAAGGCUAGCAAGACUGCUUAUUGAUGAAGGAACAAAUGCUCUAAGGAAAUUCUUGCAUUCCACGCAUCCAGGGUCAAAACUAAAGCACGCAUUAGACAACAAUCGCCUAAAGCUCGAGGGGCUGAGGCGGAAGCGAAUAAUACCUCAUGAGCAAUUAGAAAAACUGUUUCCUUCCUCAGGUAAUCCACCAGAUCCCAAAGAAUUCGACAUCACACUUUUACACUUAUUGCUCCGUGAAGUUUGUCAUCGAAAGACUCCUUCGACGGGAUGGCACAAAAUGCCAGCAGACAAUGAUACGAGCCCUGAAGCCAGCAUCGUUCGUAUAAAAUGCUACAGAAAUGAGCUGUGUCAUAGUGAUUCUACUGGAGUUCCGAAUGACGAGUUCGAAGACAAGUGGAACAAAAUAUCUUCGUCUUUAGAAGUGCUUGAGGUAGCCGCCCAUCGGAAAAAACUUCAGUUCCUGAAGAGUGCUACUAUUGAUCAUAAAGCUCGUUUGGGUGAUCGUCAUCCAGAGACAGCCGCAACUCUUCUCCUCACAGGAAUAAUAGCACAACGCCUUUGGGAACGUAAUGUAGCUAAAGUAAGGUUAACAAAAGCGUUAGAACUCUCUCAACAGGUCCUUGGUAAACAUUUUAUGACUGCUGAAACUCUGAAAGCCAUUGCAGACCUAUUGCUCUCUCCCAAUAAACCCGAAAACUUGAAAACUUGCCUUGAGUAUUACGAAGCUGCUGUGGAAAUGUUGAAUUACCUGGGAGUGGGUGAAAGCAAGGAAAGUAUCUUACCAUUAAAGAACUUUGCAAGUUGUCAUGUGGACAGCGGCAACUUUAAUGAGGCAAUGGCUUUAUUGACGAAGGCAGAACAGAUUGCGGAGCGAGGACUGGAACGCAAUCACACUUGGAAAGUCUCGAUAAAGACUUCACUGGCCUUAUUGCAUGAGAGAAUGGGUAACGUGGAGUGGGCAAAAAAUGCGAUGCUUAAAGGACUAUCGAUGCACAAAGAGCUAGGACUCGCCUUAGACAAGAUAAGAAACAGCCACAUGGUUCGGGAAUUUAUGAAUCGAUAUCCGGAGACUUUCCCCGAGGCUGAGUUUCCAUAAAUUUUUCCUGUCAAAGUGGCUGAAAAGAUGGACAUUCAUGCUAAAGGUCCAGGGUUGGAUCUCCAUAAGAAGAAGGGGGGCAAUAAAUGUUAGAGGUGACAAGGAAAAACUUUUUGAACAAAGUGGUAUUUGAUUUGUGCAAAAGGACUGAAACGAAGGAAGAAGAAAGAAGGAGAAAUAAGUAUCAUUAUUAACAACUCACGAGUACGAAGCUGUAGGCUACACUUUCUAUAGAAUAAUUUGUUUAUUAUAUAUCAUACAAGCCGAAAAAAAAAACACUCGUUAGAUGACCCGCAAAAAAUAGCAAAUGCUUAAAAUUGUAGCUCUCUUUUUUCGAUUAAUAGCUGCACAAUUUUGUAGAGAAAAAUUGACGAGGGGACUCCUGCUGAUGAAUCCCUAAGAGUGACUAGCACCUAA